AUGAAGGUAUCAGUACAGGCUGUGGCAGUGUGGGGGAAAAAAGCUCCCUCUCACAGCAUCACUGCUAUUAUGGUUACAGAUGACCAGCAGACUAUAGUUACAGGAAGUCAAGAAGGACAAAUAUGUCUCUGGGAUCUUUCAUCAGAAUUAAAGAUUUCAUCUAAAGAAAUUCUCUUUGGCCAUACUGCUUCUGUAACUUGUUUGGCAAAAGCAAGAGAGUUUGAGAAACAGCCGUUCGUAGUAAGUGCUACUGAAAAUGGGGAGAUGUGUGUUUGGAAUGUCACUACUGGACAGUGCAUUGAGAACGCAAAGCUUCCUUAUAGGCAUACAGCAAUCCAGUAUUACCAUUGCUCGUUCCGAAUGACAGGUGAAGGCUGGCUUCUGUGUUGUGGAGAAUAUCAAGAUAUUCUUAUUAUUGAUGCGAAGACUUUAGGUGUUCUUCACACUUUAUCGUCAUCUCAAUCUUCUGAUUGGAUAAAUUGUAUGUGUAUUGUACACUCUGCAAGAAUUCAAGAAGACUCAUUGGUUGCAGUGUCUGUAACUGGAGUUCUUAAAGUGUGGGACCUAUCUUCGUCUUUGAAUACCAUACAGGAGAGAGAAAGCGUAUGCGAGAAAGAAUCAAAAUCUCUGGACUGUAUAAAUUGUCAAGCAGUACGGUUUUGUACUUACACGGAAAGGCUCCUUCUAGUUGUGUCCUCCACGUGCUGGCAGGUCUAUGAUUAUUGUGACUUCUCCUUGCUUUGUACUGAGUUCAGUAAAAGUGGUCAGUGCUUUGCUGGUGGAGAGGUACUAGCAGCUUACAGACUUAUCAUCUGGACAGAAGAUGGCCACAGUUACAUCUACCAGCUGCUAAACAGGUGGGCUCAGAUGGGAAAUUCACACAAAAAGUUCAGCGGACUUUCUAAAAGCGUAUAUCCUGCAGAUGGGAAGGUGCUGAAAGAAACUGUUUAUCCUAAUUUACUCUGCUUUACUGGUGUGAAGGAAAAUAAGAGUUUUCCUUUUGUCAUGGGCUUCAUGAAUGAAAGAAAGGAGCCUUUCUAUAAUAUUCUUUUUUCUGGUGAAGCUUCAGGAAGGAUCACUUUGUGGCAUGUUCCUGAUGUCCCUGUGUCAACAUUUGAUGGUUCGCCAAAAGAGAUCCCAAUUACAGCAACAUGGACUCUUCAGGAUAAUUUUGAUAAACACCAUUCAAUGUCAGAAGGCAUUAUUGAUCAUCUUUGUGUGUCUAAAGAUGGAAUAGAAAGUACAAUUGUGUGUUCCUCUGUAUACAUACCCAGUCUUGAUAAGCUUGUGUGUGGAUGUGAAAAUGGGAAGAUUUUUGUAACACCGGGUUUAAAAACUGCAAGAGCAAGACUUCUAGAAAACAUAUCUUUGCUGAAAGAUAAUCUACCUUAUAAGGUUCUGAAUGGUCACAGUAGCAGAGUCACUUGUUUACUUUAUCCACAUGAUAAAUCAGUAAGAUUUGAUCCAAGCUGGCUGUUAUCAGGGAGCCAGGAUUCUAUUGUGAUCUGCUGGGAUGUAUUUACUGGAAGCAUUUUACACCAAUUUAGUCUGCAAUCUGGUCCAGUGAGAGAGCUGUUACGAUCUCCAGAAAACUACAGAUUAAAAGAUCACAGCAUUGUGUGCUGUGUGUGCAGUGAUCACUCAGUAGCAAUUCUACACCUUCAGAAGAGAGCAUGUCUCUUACAUGCCAGAAAGCAUCUGUUUCCUGUGAAGAAGAUAAGAUUUGACCCUGUUGAAAAUCUACUAAUUGUUGGAUGUGACGACGAUUCAGUUUAUAUUUGGGAAAUUGAAACAG